AUGUCCACAGAAGAAUCAAAUAAUGGUGUGAUUUUCGUCAAAGUACCUGAAGAUUUACCAGUUAUUAAUGAACACUUUAAAUUUAUCGAACGCAAGAUCAACAUUUCCUCCACCGUAUUGGAAAAAGGCGAAAUUCUUAUCAAAAACGUUUAUCUGUCACUUGAUCCGUAUAUGCGUGGUAGAAUGAGAGUCAGUGAAAAAAAUGAAAAAAAUUAUAUAAACGCAUUCUCCGUGGGAAAGGUCAUGGAGGCUGGUGGUGUUGGUGUUGUAAUUGCUAGUAAUAAUGAUCAAUGGAAAAAAGGUGACUUAUUCUCAGGUUAUAUCGGAUGGGAAGAAUAUACCAAAGUUUCUCCCGCAGCAGCGAAAAACGCGUUAUUAUAUAAACAAGCUCUUAAAGAUGCAUUAGACAAUGAUAUAUCACUUAGUUAUUUUCUUGGAUUAUUGGGUAUGCCAGGUAUGACCGCUUAUGUUGGUUUAUUUAUGAUUGGUAAACCAAAACAAGGAGAAACUAUUUUUAUCUCGACUGCUGCUGGAGCUGUUGGACAAGUUGUGGGACAAAUUGCCAAAAUUAAAGGAUUAAAAGUUGUUGGGUCAACUGGUGAUGAUAGUAAAGUCGAUUAUAUUUUGAAUGAAUUAAAAUUUGAUCAUGCCUUUAAUUAUAAAAAAGUUGAUAUUGAUCAAACUUUAAAAGAAACUUGUCCCGAAGGAAUUGAUAUUUAUUUUGAUAAUUUUGGAGGUGAAACACUUGAUAUAGUUUUAACACAUUUAAACAUAAACGCCCGCGUAAUUGCGUGUGGAAUGAUUUCUCAAUAUAAUAAUGCAAAAUCAACAUCAUAUGGUAUUAAAAAUCUUGGAUUAAUUAUACCUAGAAGAAUUAUAGUUCAUGGAUUUAUUGUAUUUGACCAUUAUAAAGAAUAUUAUGAAUCAUUCCAAAAGGAUAUGGUACAAUGGUUGAAAGAAGGUAAAUUAAAAUAUAAAGAAUAUGUCGUUAAUGGCAUCGAAAAUGCUCCUCAAGCUUUCUUGGAUAUGUUUAAUGGUAAAAAUUUUGGUAAACUUAUUAUAAAAAUUAGUGAUUUGUAA